CAACCAACACAACAGGGGAAAAGGGGGAACGUGCUAAAUAGCUCAUUUAAUUGAAAGAAAGUGUAUACAAUUGUAAGUUACUCGUGAAACGCUUCAUAUAAGCGAUGGGGAAAGCUGAUUUCCUUAGUCCUAAAGCGAUCGCCAACAGGAUCAAAUCCAAGGGUCUUCAAAAGUUGCGAUGGUAUUGCCAAAUGUGUCAGAAACAGUGUCGAGACGAGAAUGGCUUCAAAUGCCACUGUAUGUCCGAGUCUCACCAGAGACAGUUGCUGCUGGCGUCUGAAGACCCAAACCAGUUCAUGGACCUUUUCUCAGAUGAGUUCAGGACGGACUUUUUGGAGCUUCUGCGUCGGCGAUUUGGUACCAAGCGAGUCCACAACAACAUCAUAUACAACGAGUACAUCAGCCACAAAGACCACGUCCACAUGAACUCCACACAGUGGGAGACGCUCACCGACUUCACCAAAUGGCUGGGAAGGGAAGGCUACUGUAAGGUGGACGAGACCCCUAAGGGCUGGUACAUCCAGUACGUGGACCGUGACCCGGAGACGAUCCGGCGGCAGGAGGAGCAGGAGAAGAAGAAGAAGCAGGACCUGGACGACGAGGAGCGCAGCGCCAAGUUCAUAGAGGAGCAGGUCCGCCGGGGGCGCGAGGGCAAGGAGCCGGAGGAGGAGCCAGUGUACACUGAACUGGUGAGAGAGAGUGAGGAGGAGAAAGUGGCCUUCAACCUCAGCAAGGGUGCCUGUGCUGCCGGCCCAUCUGCUGGUCCAUCUGCUGGUCCAUCGAAAGGUGCUUCGCUGGGGGCCAAUGCCCUCCGGGCGGCCACCUCGGCCAAGAGGAAAGACCCGUCGUCUCACGGCUCCGACGGCAGAGACAAGAAGAAGAAAUCCGCGCUGGAUGAGAUCAUAGAGAUGGAGGAGCAGAAGAGGAAGAAGGCAACAGUGAAAUUAGACUACUGGCUUCACACCGACAUCGUGGUGAAGAUCGUCACCAAGAGACUGGGAGAGAAGUACUACAAGAAGAAGGCAGUGAUCAAGGAGGUCCAGGAUAAAUAUACGGCCAUUGUGAAGCUGGUGGACUCCGGAGAUAAACUCAAACUGGACCAGACCCAUGUGGAGACGGUCAUCCCAGCGCCAGGGAAGCGGGUUGUGAUUGUGAACGGACAGCACAGGGGCACCGAGGCGGUUCUGGACGGGAUCGACGAGAAGAAGUUCUCCGCUACGCUGACGCUGGACUCGGGUCAUAUGAGGGGGAAGAGAUUGGAAGGCAUUCCAUAUGAAGACUUCUCCAAGAUGGCCUAGCAGCUGUCCCUCUGGUUUGUGUGUGUGUGUGUGUGUGUGUGUGUGUGGUGCUCUACUGUGUCAGAGUCAUCCCCUCACACUCACACUGGUCUAUUUCAUACAGCAGUCAAGUCCAGCACUGGCCCUGACCAGCUUGGUUUGUGGCCAUCAGAUCUGCUCCUGAUUGGCCCUGACCUGGUCUUAACCCAUCAGAUCGGCUCCUGAUUGGUCCUGACCUGGUCUCAAUCCAUCAGAUCGGCUCUUGAUUGGCCCUGACCUGGUCUUAACUCAUCAAAUCUGCUCCUGAUUGGUUCAGACCCAAUUUGAUCCAUCAGAUCUGGUCCAGAACCGGCAUUGAUAUGCUCAUGACUUAUUUGUACUAGUCUGUGUCUGUCCUGUACAUAACAACUCCCUUUACCUGAUAAGGCCCAUUUCCAGGCUGGGCCUGGCUCGGAUGGUUGCCAGAUCCAGAUCAGAUCAGAUCAGAUCAGGGCCACAUGGUUGCCAGAUUUGGUCAGGUGGUUGCCAGAUAUACACCAGAGGAUUCAUCUAUCUGUGCUUAUUGCUUUCGCUGAUUAUUUAGCCUUGUACAUAUACUGCACUCCCUCUCCCCCUCAAUUCGGAUGGUUGCCAGAUUUGUACAUACUACACCCCUCCCUCCCUCAACGUUUGUGUGUCCCAAACCUACUCCAAAAAAACCUUGAACAAAAUUGUCUUUUUUUUCCUCCAUUUUAUUUUAUAUACUGUAAUUUCAAAAAGGAAAAGAUGAGUUCACAAAUAAAAUCAGUUGUCAUGUUAAACAAGGAAA